AUGCUAGACACCGGCACGUUAUCCAGCAAGUCGGUGACGGAGGUACUGAUGUUGGAGAUGAAACUGGCGCCAACAGCUAAGACCUACCUUGUUUCGGGGUACCCUCGCUCCAUGCGGGACGUCACCGAGUACUCGGACAAGAUUCAAACAAUAAAUGGUGUCAUCCUGGUGAGCUGGCGACAGCGCGUUCUGGAGCGACAGAUAGACUUCGGCGCGAGGCUCGGCCACGUGGUGCUCAGCCUCGCCAAGAUGGAGCUCAAGAAUUUCUACAAGAAUGUCAUGCCUGUCGCCGACUACUUCGAUCAAACUAACAUGCUUAUAGCGAUCAACGGAGAAAGAAAUCCCGACGAAGUCUAUAAAGACUUCCGCGCCGCCGUACUUCAGAUCCUAGGCUCCACAGAAGACCAAUCUACGAUGAAUGGUGUAAAUGGCGUCGGGGUAGGGGCAGGCGGUAUACCUGGCGAAAUAGUGGGAGUGGAGCCGGCUCCGAGACAAGAGAGAGAAAGAGAGCCGGUUCCAGAUGACAGGAAAGACAGCUUGAAGAUAUUACCACCGGUGCUGCCGGUGCAGGUUACGGCUGUGACGGAGAGAGUUGUCACGCCAAAGCCUGAAGUAAUAAGAGUGAGAGGGGAGACAACGACAACACCAAUACUGUGGGUGGUUGGAGGUCCUGGCAGCAAUAAAGCUGCGCUAUGUCAGAGAGCCGUGGCACAGCGACCUGGAUGGACACAUUUCAGCCUCGGUCAACGCCUCAGAUCUCUUGCGGAUGCUGGCGGCCGCCCAGCAUCGGACGGUGCAUUAGCUCGUAUGGCCAUCAGUGGUGGAGAGCUGGCUCCGAAAGAACUGGUCACGAAACUUGUGCGGGCAGCUGUCAACGAAGCAAGAAGAACUGGAAACGGCCUUGUGUUAGACGGGUAUCCAAGGGAUUUAGACCAAAUGGAGGAAUUCGAGACUGAGUACCAAUUAUCUCCUCGCAUGGUGCUCCUGGAUUGUUCAAAGCUGCAACUGGGUCGUGGACGGCGUGACGACUCAGUUGCCGCUUUCCGAAGAAGACUCGAAGUUUUCCGGGAGCUGUCGUUACCCAUGCUUAAAGCCAUGGACCAGGAUCAUCGGCUGGUUAUCGUUGACGGUGACACCGAAUCUCCAGAGGUGCAAUUGGAUUUCGCUAGCCUGCUAGUUGAAGAAAUGGAAAAGGCUGAAGUUAUAGCCGCGAUUCCUCAGGAACCAGAAACACAACCCACGCCAAAUAAAGGAAUUUCAAAUAUGACAAAUAUGCAUCACUUACCGGCUACAGUGCUACAUUUGGGCACUGGACUGGCCAAUGGACAUGCAAACGGCGCUGUGCCGAAUGGAAACCUACACAACGGGAAUGUCAGCAAUGGAUUUAUUAGUACAGCUAACAAUAAGGUGAAGCCGCUGAUAUCCAACGUGUCGAAGAUCCCGACGGUGUCGCAGCGAGCGCAUGACGGGGCGCGCGCGCUGCGCGAGCGCGGUGCCUCAGAGCUCGCGCUCAACACACACAUGUAG